AUUUAUACGAGACGCCAUUUUGGGAACGCCCACUUAUAUCCUGGGUUAGGUCUCGUGAUACCUACCGCCUUGUGUUAGUAGUCAGCGGUUAGCAUAGCCAGCGUCUUGUUUUGUAAAAGCCAUGUCAUUCAGCUAGUUAAAAGACUAAAAAAACAUUUGCGAAAUAAUCUCAGCGACCAUUUAAGAUGUUGUCUCGUUUACUGAAGGAGCACCAGGCGAAGCAAAAUGAGCGAAAGGAGCUGCAGGAGAGACGCAGGCGUGAAGCCAUUGCUGCAGCCACCUGUCUGACAGAAGCCCUGGUAGACCACCUCAAUGUUGGAGUUGCCCAGGCAUAUGUAAACCAGCGUAAGCUCGACCAUGAGGUGAAGACUCUCCAGGUGCAAGCGAGCCAGUUCUCCAAACAAACUGCCCAGUGGAUCAGUAUGGUGGAGGGUUUCAAUCAGGCCCUAAAGGAAAUUGGGGAUGUGGAGAACUGGGCCCGCAGCAUUGAGAUGGACAUGAGGACUAUCGCAUCAGCUCUGGAGUAUGUGCACAAGGGUCAACUUCAGUCUGCCUCCUCAUAAAACCUAUUGGUGGGAUGUUUACGGCUGACACUAAAUACUUUGGAAAGGAAUCCACAAGACUCCUGUGGGCUAAGACGCAAGCAGCAAUGCCUCUUCUUGUCUGCCUGCCCCGCUGAGCGGGCUAAUGCUGAUGGUUAUUUUGUUUCGGAAAAGUGUUGAAAGUCAUUUCACACACCUGCAUCACUGCUUGAGAGCAACAACGUCCACCAGUGCUAGCACGUAAUAAUGCCGGAGUUCAAAAUCAAACAUGUGUGUGUGCAAAAUUAAAUAGAUUCAACAUCUAUUUAGUAGCGACCUCAGUUAAAACAUAACAUUUCAGUGAUUGUGGAAUUGGGGAAGAAGCUGUAUCAAUGUUUUUUUUUUUUUAAAGAUCUCAUAUGAAAUCACCUGCUUGUAAUACCUUUAGGGGGCCUCAUUCCUUGUCUGUUACCCCUAAAAGCGUUUGAUAUUAAGGCUUCUUUUCAGCACCUGAUACCUGAACUUUAUGUUUUAUAUGCUUCUGCAUGGUGAUGACUGACACUGUUUGUUGCCAGACAAGUUAAUUUAAAAUGUUGUUACCACUUACUGAUGGAACAUUAUUUUUAAUAAAGUUAAUAAUGCACUGGUAUUUUUUUUUCUUGUGUAACGAGGCAAAAUGAAAAGACAGCUGAAGUAUGACUGCAUGUCAGGCUUCACAUCAGCUGCGUUCUGAGAAGAAAUCAAAAAUUAGGAAAAGUAAACCUUUGCAUAAGAACCUCAUGAUGCUCAAGGGGCACUUUUAGCAGGUUUCUUAAACAGCUAUACUUCUUUUUGGUAGUAAAAUACUUGCUGAUCGAGGAUUGUUUUGAUGGCUUAUGGAUUAUGAUCAAUGCAAAAGGGGAGGGCAGUACACCAGAUUCCAAAGUAAUAACGUGAAUCAAGAGCUUAGAAUUUAGGUGUAACCCACAGAAGACAAUCUAUAAAUGUGUACCAUGAUCCAUGAAUGUUUCACUAUGUACUUUCUUAUUUGUGCUGUGUAAAGUCAUACCAACAAAAAGACUUACAGACUUACAAAUUACUGCACCUCACAUUUGUUGAA